UUGUUGUCAAUUGUCAAACCUGUCAUUUUGUCAAGCAUAAGUAAUUAAGCAUUUGUCGAUUUUGCGUAAUUUUAGUGAAUAUUUGUAAUAUAACAAUAAGUAUUUCAUCUUUAUUCAUUUGUAUGUCGCUACUAGUAAUAGGUUAAAAUCCAUAUAUAGUUGUAGUAGGGCUUGGAAGUCAGUUAAAAAAAUGGCAAAACGUUCAGCUGCAGAGGCUUUUGAAAUGGAAGCUCAAGAAGUUAUAAAGAAAACUGAAGGAAAAAAGCACUCAUUAGAUUCGGACGAGGAAGACAGCGGUGCCGAAGAGGAAAGAAACAAUGUUCUUCAUGCAGAUGACAUUGAAGGUGAAGAAGAUGGAACUGGUGGGAUGGAAGGUGAAAUUACAAUCACUCCGUUCAACAUGAAAGAGGAGCUUGAGGAAGGUCACUUUGAUAACCAGGGUCACUAUCACUGGAAAAAAGAGAAAGAGAUAAGAGAUGGUUGGCUUGAUAAUAUAGACUGGGUUAAAGUCAAGGGUAGACCAGAAGAUAAAUACAAAGUUCACAAAGAUGAUGAAAAUAAAGGACUUGGUGAUGAGUCUAGUAGUGAAGAUGAAGAACCAGAAGAAAAGUUUGAUUUACUACAAAACUACAAAGAAAUCUUUAAACAUAUGAAACCCAAAGAAACAAUUGCAAAAACCCUCCAGCGUCUCGGUGCAAGUUCAAAAAUUUCUAGUGCUGAGCGUUGGAAAAGGAAAAAAGCUGGAAUUGUUGAUGAAAACAGUAAAAUUGUUACAAGAAUUACAGAACUUGCCAACCAAAUUCUCACAAAAUUGGGUAACAUGGACAUUUACCAGGAAACUUAUGAGAAAAUUGAUACAAUCAUAAAGAGACAGGAGAGUAAAAAUGAUGAUGCUGAUUUAGAUAUGUAUGCUGAUGAUUUUGAUCAGAAGGAGAAGAGUGUGUUGGAUAAAAAUAGCACUGAUGCUAAAGAAACUGAAGAUAAAACUGAGGAGGAACAAGAGCCAGAAUUGAAAUGGGAGUUUAAGUGGAAUCAGAAUGAUGAUGAAAUAUCCGGGCCUCACACUACUGAGCAAAUGCAAAAAUGGUCAUCAGAGGGGUACUUCAAAACUGGUGUUUGGGUAAGAAAACAAGGGGAAGACAGUCAAUUCUACACAUCCAACAGAAUAGAUUUUGAAUUAUACAUGUAAAUCAUGUACAGUAAACAUUAUACAAAAUGAUAUAAAAUUUUAAUAAAACAGUUCCACAAAAGCAACUUUUAAUUCAAACAUAUUUCUUUCGACUUUUAAAUAACUUAUUCGUAAAACUAUAAAUACUGAUAUCAGUUAACAAUUUAGCAAUUUGGUUAAUUAAAACAAUAAAUAGUGUGAUAACUUGAACAAUAACAAACUGUGAUAUGGAAGUACCAAUUUCUAGCCAGCUUCCAGUGUUCUUAACAUUGUACAGCAGUUGUAUACCCAUUAAAUUGGAAUAUAUCAGUACUAUUAUUAUUAAAUAUCCAGUUGGUGCCUGAAAUCAAAAUAGACAUUAGUGAG